UACUCUUGUCUUGCGUUCUUAUUAACACUGGAGAAACUUCUUGAUGAGUCUAACAAUAUUACUGUUAGAUAUUUUACAAAAUUUAUCUAGCCUAAAUUCAAAUUUAUAGUAAUCGUGCAUGAUUUCCAUAAAUAUUGAACUUGUGUCUUGUGCUUGGUGUUUUAGAAAUAUAUUUAAAUGCUAAAGUGUAUUGGUUUGUGAUUAUUGUUUUUUCAGUGAUUAGGAAUUUCAAUUUUUAAGGUAGAAGAGGACUAAUUUCCUAAAUGUCAUCAAAAUGUCACAGGAUUAUGACGCUAUUGACGAAGUGAAACCAGACAGGCAAGAACAUCAAGAAAAUGAAGUUAAAACUGAAAACAAUGACCAUUCAUUAAGAGAUUCUUCAAUUGAAAUGGACAGCAAUCAGAAUCAUCUAUCUUCAGAACAAAUGAAGCCUGAUCUGGAUUUACAUUUAGUGCAGAGUACCAGCAUCAUUUCAGAUGAUCAACCACAUUCUCAUGUAAGUGGAUUGGAGUUCUUCGAAUCUAUUCGGAAAGAAGAAAAGAACAGAAAAAAGGAAAAAUUAUAUAAAAUGAAAGAAAAAACAAAGUACAAAGGACCUGAUGCAACUAUAAAAGUUCCCGGAUCAUUCUAUGACCGAACAUGUUCGCAACUUGGUUUAGUAAUGUUGUGCCUAUCGCUAAUUCUUAUAUUUUUGGGUGGCUACGCCCUAGCUAAAGGGGCUUCCUUGGCUUGCCUAGGAGCUGGCUUAUGGGCUGGUGCCGCUGCCGCCGUUUGUGGCGGUAUUGCUUCUCUGUGGACAGCGCCCGCUAAUACUCAGGGUUGUAUAAUAUCCAGUGUACCAGCUGCAUUGCCAGUGAAGGGCAUUAGUAGCAGUGCCAGUGAGGCCAACCUGGCUAACACCUUGCCUCAUCAGCUCCCAAAUAUCUCCGGUGGAUAUGCGUUACCUUAUGGCGUUGCCAGUUCAACGGGGAUAGGAAGAGCAAUGGCAGCACUUCUAGUAUCUUCACUUAUCUCUCUUGCCAUGUCUAUAUUGGCCUUAGCACUUACAGGAAUCGGAGUUUUGAGGGAUGCCCAUCGACUUGCCACAGGAACGACGACCGAAGCUGUAAUAUGGGUUGGAAGCGUGUUAGUUUUUUGCUUAGUUCUGGAUUGUGGAUGUUGUCUACGUGCAGUAUACCAUGCCGCAUUAACACUUAGGAUAAGGAAAUGUCAAGAAAAACAACGACUCAAAGAUCUUGCUGGAGAACGGGGCCUUUAUGCACAGCAGCAGGCAUGGCUAUCGUGCCCUUUAACGCCUUCAACUGUGGCUGCAUCAGUAAUAGGGCAGCAGUUUCACCAACAGCUUUGUCCAUCUAAGUUGCCAAAGCAUGGCAGUACUCUGGCCAACCGCGCCGGCUUGGUUCGCAUGUGGCUCGGUAAGCAAAGCGAAUCGCACGCGAUUCCUAUACAGAGCCCUAUUCCCAGUUUGGCAUCGCCGCAUGUUAUUAUGCCGCAGAUAAUACAAGGAAGCAUUCAGAGAUCGUCGAAACGACAUGACGCCAGUAGCAGGAUGAGGCCUGCCUCCGAUCCAAUCAAUUUACCUUUUGAUUAUGUAAAAAAUGUUGUCGGAAGUCAAACGAUGAAUUCAUCAAUGGUUUCGAAGUCGCAAGCUGUAAAACCCGAUCUUACUUAUAGUGGUCUCGAUCGAGUGAUUGCAGACUCUUUUAUUAAAUCAUAUAAUAAACCAGAAUCAAACGCAAUAACGGAUACUAAUACAAACCUGAACGCCGAUUUAUGAUAUUAACAAGACGUGAAAAAAGAAUGUUAACAUUCUUAUAAUUAGAAAUCAGAUGCAAUCUACAAAACCUUCCUU